UCAGAUCAAGAAUAUAACUCCAAGACUACGUUGUAUUUGUACUUAUCAAUGCUCAUCAUGUUGAUAACAGGGGCUCUCAAUACUAUUCUAUUGAAGCUUCAGAUAGAAGUGAAGGAUAGCGAAGGCAGAUAUUAUAAGCAUCCUUACUUUGGCUCGAUCGGUGUCUUCAUAGCUGGGUCUCUAGGGCUAGUGCUCUAUAAUGUCUAUAGAUGCCUUACUAUUAAGAAACAUGGAAGUCUGAAGAACUCUCCUGAAGUUAUUAAAGCUGUACAGAAUGGUAAAUAAAGAGUAUAUUCAUUGGAUUUGGCUAAUUAUUCCAGCAUUCUGAGACUUCUGUGCUAUCCCACUAAUGAACCUUGGUUUAAUAAUGGUCAAUGCUAGCGUAUACCAAAUGAUGAGAGGGGGAUUAAUCUUCCUCAUUGCUAUGCUCGCUAUAAUAUUCCUUAAAGCCAGACUUCAUAGACACCAUUGGACUGCCUUAGUUGCAAUAAUAGUUGGAGUCACUUUAGUUGGGCUCUCAUCUAUUCUGAAUACGGGUUCUGAGAACUCUAAUGUUGUCCUAGGAAUAUCCUUAUUAUUAAUAUCUCAGCUAUUUUCAGCUGUUCAUUGGAUUAUUGAAGAAAAGAUUAUGGUUACCCAUUACAUCCACCCUUUCAGAAUGGUUGGAUGGGAAGGAUUUUGGAACCUGAUCAUGACAAUCAUCCUAGUGGUAGUAGCCAGCUUCAUAAAAUGUGAUGCUGCAUAUUGAUCAGAAGGUAGCCUCGAGAAUGUACCCUUAGCCUGGAGGCAGAUGAAGGAAAAUCCGAUUAUAAUAAUGUACCAAGUGUUAUUAAUCUUCUGCAUCUGUGCUUUCCAAUGCAGUGGAGUUUUUACAACAAAGUAUGGUUCUUCAGCUCAAAGAUGUACAAUAGAUAUCGCAAGAAUAAUCCUCAUCUGGGUUUUCUUCCUCGCCUAUCAAGGUGAAGGACAUGAAUCCUUUGAGUAUGUAGAGUUCAUUGGCUUUAUUGGCAUCAUUAUUGGGACAGUUAUGUACAAUGAAAUAUACGUUCCUCCAUUCUGUGGAUUUGCUCAGAACACAAAGGUCAAUAAAGCAAAGAGAGAUCAGAAUGAUAGAAAUUUCAAGUUGCUGGAAGAAGAUUAUGAACAAGAUGAAGGUGGCAGUAACAAUACCUCUCCAAUCCUUGCAAAGCUGAAUAACUCCACUACUCCUUCAACCGAUCACCUAAUGGCAUCCUCUGAGGCUCUCUCAGCCUAGCUCGACUUUCUCCUAUAAAACCUUGAUAAAACUCUGUUAAGAUCUUAUAACAUCUCUUCU